GCAGUGUUUGGUUGCGGAGCACAUUAGCAUAAGCUGUGUGUUCUUGUUGGGGGCAGGCAAAGAAGACAUCACAGUCAAAGUCAGUGAUCAAAGUUUGACUUGCUAAAAGCACCAGGUCAAUCUUUCUUGAGGGGUCGUCGGUUUGCUUAAGAAAUGGAUUGCAAGUGUGAAACCAGCAACACUGAAGAUGCAGUUACAGGCUGGUGGCUGAGCGGCAGCAAUGCCCAGUUGGGAGCUUUCACCGUGGUGGGGUAUCUUCUCUACAGAUUCUCACAGACCCUUCCUGCACUGAUCCGAUGGCCGAUUCGUCUCUUCUGCUCUCUAACUGGUCUGUCAGCUCUUUGGGGGUGGGUGAGCCGCAUCGUGGGGACCCUCCGAGUGAUCCAGAGCCUGUGUAAAUGGCUGUCUCGAAUUUGGAAGUUUAUCAAAGGACUUUCCUCCAAAUUACAGUGGUUGCUUCCUAUCAUCAGAGCCAUCACUGGAUCAAGUGAAGGGACUUUGGAGAAUGACAUCAGACUGAACCUCUCCAGUCCCUUAAAAGUGAACCUCAGACUAAUCCUCGUGGGCCCUGCCGGGGGAGGACGCACAUCAGUGGCAAACACUUUGUUGGGCUUCAGUGCAGAACAACCAGAAGAACCUCUCACAGAGAGCACCAGAAGAAGGGCAAUAGCGGAUGGUAGAGAACUUACUGUAGUCGACACCCCGGAUCUACUGGGUGCAUCGCUUGGGAAGACAGCCAGAGCCAAAGAAGCCCUGAGGAGCGUCCAGCUUGUGGGCCCCGGUCCUCACGCCGUCCUGCUGGUGAUGCAGGCGCCACGCUCCAGCAAGGGAACAACACACCAGGAGACUGUGCACGUCAUCCAAACUGUACUGGACCUGUUUGGAGAUGGCAUCCGGGGUCACAUUAUCCCAGUGCUCACGCACGCCGACCUUCUGGGUCGACGGCACACUUUUGAGCGGCUGCUGGAUACGGACGCCGGCGGUGUGAAAAGACUGACGUCUCUGUGCGGUCAGAGGCCUGAGUUGCUGGACACCAGGCCGGAUCGCUCCCCAGAGGAGCAGAGCGUGACGCGCAGGCUGCUGGUGGGCCGGGUCCUAGAACUGAAGGGGCUCAGGGGACAUUUCGUCCACGAGCUGCAGAGGAGGGAUGACGACAUUAGAGAAGAGCUUCUUAAUGUCAUGACCGUUGCACUUGGCAGAAAACUGAAAUGUAUGUAGAUGAUGACACUGUGGAUAUCAAAUCAUAAGGGAAAAAAAACAACAAAACAAAAAAACGGAGCUUCGUUAACUGUCACUGCCACUUACCUCUGUAGGUGUUUAUAGAUAGGUGUAUCAUAUACAUACAAGUACUGUACAUAUUUAUAUGCAUUCAUAUGCAGCAGGGUCAGGCAAAUGUUUGCGCUUAGGGACCACUUUUGAUUUUUAAAAUAGACAAAUUGGCCAGGCCAUUCGUAGAUGGGGUUUAAAAAAAAGUUGUUUACAAUUCGAUAUCUAAAUUGCUGCGGACCAUAAAUUAUACAAAUAUUUACUUUUUUAUAUAUUUUUUGUUUUGUUUUCAUUUUAUU